AUGUAUAAAAAAAAUCACAUUUCUGUUAAAGAAAUCCAAAACAAAAAAGUCAAAUUUCUUCCAUAUGAAUAUAAAAAUUACUGCAGAAUCCUGGAUCCUAUCGUUGAAAAAAGAGUUUUAUUUUGUAAACAGAAAGCUGCUGUUCGUAAUCAAUUGGUAGAAUUGAGUCAAACUAUCAAAAAUGAACCUAACAAAUCAGAAAUUGAAAAAACACCUGUAACUAUUCAAGAACCUGAAGACUCUCGCAACCCUAGGAACU